UGGGUAGGUGGGUUCAGACUGAGGGGACUACGGGUCGGCGUUGGGCUCAGCGGACUCGAAACAAAGGACUAUCCGGUAGGCUUUCGACUAGGCACCUUCUGGUUAGUGUCUGAGCGGCGGGUCGAGGCUUCUGGGUCAUCCAGUGCCCUCGCGGCGCGGUCUCAGCCGGUUUCUCCUCGCUUCCAUACAGCCAGCGCCGCGUUGGGGGACCCCGCGCAGCGGCACCUGCUGCUGAGGGACCCCGCGGCCCGCCCAGGUGCUCAUGAUGGGGCUGAUCUUCGCUAAACUGUGGAGCCUCUUCUGUAACCAAGAACACAAAGUAAUUAUAGUGGGAUUGGAUAAUGCGGGGAAAACCACCAUUCUUUAUCAAUUCUUAAUGAAUGAAGUGGUCCAUACUUCUCCAACUAUAGGAAGCAAUGUUGAAGAAAUAGUUGUAAAGAAUACUCAUUUUCUUAUGUGGGAUAUUGGUGGUCAAGAGUCCCUACGGUCAUCUUGGAACACAUAUUACUCAAACACAGAGUUCAUCAUUCUCGUUGUUGAUAGUAUUGACAGGGAACGACUAGCUAUUACGAAAGAAGAAUUAUACAGAAUGUUGGCUCAUGAGGAUUUAAGGAAAGCUGCAGUCCUUAUCUUUGCAAAUAAACAGGAUAUGAAAGGGUGUAUGACGGCAGCUGAAAUCUCUAAAUACCUCACCCUUAGUUCAAUUAAGGAUCAUCCAUGGCACAUUCAGUCUUGCUGUGCUUUAACAGGAGAAGGGUUAUGCCAAGGUCUAGAGUGGAUGACCUCCCGGAUUGGCGUAAGAUAACUUUUUAGCUUGAAAGAGACUGCUCUAUUUAUUCUAUGACAUGAACAUUUUUCCUAGUACCUUUGGCUGCUGAGGCAGCAGCAUGUUUAAUUUAUAACAACACAAACCUCUAUGAGCAACACUUGAAUCAAGUGCAGCUGAACUGGAACAUAAAAGAUUUUUUCUUAACUUUUUUUAAAUGCACUAAUCUUCAGUUGGAUGAACAUAAUGCAUAACUGUUUUCAGCAACAGAACUCUUCUGACUGCUUAUUCUGUAUUCUAAUUAUUCAGUGACUGCCUUGUAAAAAAUGUUUGUCAUAUGUUUAAUGUUUUCAAAAGUAUUGUUAUAACCUUUAUGACCAAUUUCUUUCCAUUCAUGAUCACCACUCCCUCCUUCCAGUUUUGACAGAAUUUUAGUGGAAAUUAUCAGGUACUACUUCCAAAUUUUUCCAGCACUAAAUAUUUGUUCUUUUUAUGAAUCAUUUAUCUUUUUGACAGACUUUAAAGAAAUAAAUCUGCCUAGAAGAUACAUAUUAGAAAGAUUAAACAUCAUGAAUAUUUGCCUUUAUUUCCCUCACAUAUUGCAUUUCAUGGAAGAAUUGUAAGUUGCUAUUAGCAUGGAAAUUAAGUGGACUAUUAAUUUAUGUAAAGAAAUUGAGUUCACUUUUGUGCUUACAACAUUUGGUAAAAACUAAUCCAGGUAAAAUAUUUAUUUGAAAGCCUGGCAUGGAUGGUAAAUACUGUUGGAUUAAUCUGGUAAUAAUCAGAAAUUAUUAAAGCACACCAGCACUAAAGUUAAAAUAUGACAUCUGAAUCUAUUUUACUAUCAAUUUGCAAAACUCUGUUAUCCACAAAAUUUCAGCUAUUAUUUGAAGAAAACAUCACAUCUGCUUUGGACAGUAACUAAAGCAGAAGUAUGAAUAGUCCUUGUUUUUUCCUUAAAAUUUAGUGUCUGUAAUAGCAUUUUUGCCACCAGCAGAAUAUUAAAAAAAUAUGGGGCUUUCUUUAAAUAUUUUUGAGAAUGUUGUAUGGAGUAGCCUUGAAACAGUUGCCAUCUUUGAGUUAUGUAUACUUCAUGUUCUAAAAUCUUAUAGGAAGCUGCUAAAUUUAAUCCUAGCUUUUAUAAUAUUACUAUAAUACUCAAAGUAGUAUUCUUAACACCACAUAAAUUCAGAAAUCAAAGUGCAGGAAACGUCAUAAUCAAGUUUAUUUAUUGGAUAGCAUUAAAAAGGUUUUGAGGCAGUUGUCUAAUAUGAAUAUGUAAGCAUUGCAUAUUUUCAUUUAAGAGGGAGGACAGGAAUUUGAAUUCUUUUAUUUCAAAUGUGUGAUUUUGCUCUAAAGAAGGUAUAGAACAUAUAUUUAGAGAAUAUUAUUCCAUUCUUGCAGUAUUUUUUUCUUUUGGAUCAAAAAUAAGAUUCAGUGUUCAUAAGAGUAUCAAAAUAUCUGUUCAAAAGUGGUAUUUUAAUUUUAAUGUUUUAUUUGUAAAUGAAUUUAAAUUUUGCUGUUUUCAGGUAUAUUUAGUUUACUAUAUUGAGAUUAAUUAAUUGAGAUAAACUUGAUAACACUUUUCUGAGUUGUUUAGUGGUAGCAUGCCCUCGAACAGAAAAAUGGCCAAGAGAAAGCUUUCUGGACUUUGGAAAAUAAUUAACUUUAUUUUGAACCUUUUAAUUAAUUAUUCUAUACCAAGUAGUGGCUUAGUUUAGUUUAGUUUUAAUAUAACCCAUAAUCAAGAACAAGUGAGAAAAGCAGAUAUAAAUCAAUACAGAUGCUUUGUGGGGUGUGUGUAUGUGUGUGUGUGUUGUGAGUGAUGGUGGUGGAGGGAGAUGGAAAUUAAGAAAAUACCAUUUGCCUAAAGCACACUUUGCCUGAAUUUCUACUUGGUUUUAUUGUUUACCAUAAGUACUAAGAAAAAUUCUCGAACCUAUCCUGAGAGAAAAAGUAUAUUUAGUACUCCAGUAUUCUUAUGAAAUAAUUAUCUGCCUUCAUGUAUCCAAUAAGAUUGGCUGGUUCAGUUCUCUUCUAUCAAAUUACAUGUUUAUUUUUUAUAUUACCACAUCAGCAUUAUAUUGAAAGUGUUUUUAAUAGUUGAUUGUAUUUUGUCAAACAGCUAUACUAGUAGAGUCUAAGAUUCACUAUUUAAUUUUCUAAGUAAUUUUUUUAAACUGUUUUGUUAUUUUUGGAUUAGAAGUGAUCUGUGUUAGCUGUUUGUUGAGGAGGAAGUCAUCAUUCAAGUAGACUUUGUGCCAACGAUUGGGAAAAGUUCAAUAAGGAAGUUCAUACAAAACUUUUUAAAAGGUUUUCGUUAGAUCUUUCCUGUUACAUAGUAUGAAAACUGAUCAUCCUUUACUCCAAGAGAAUGUCUUUACAUAAGCAAUAUCUAAUACUGAAGCAUUGAUUUUAUUCAUUAUAAACAGCCAACAUAUAUUAUUUGAAAAAUGUAAAUUUGUGAUUAGUGCCUUUAUUCAUAUUUGAGAUAAGUUCUUAAUUUUGUAUUAUACCUGUUCUUUAGAAGUCAGCAGCUAAUUAGUUCAACAAGGGAAUAAUUUGAGCUUUUACCCUCUCUGUUCACUCCACAUAUUGCCUAGCAAAGUUUCUAAUAAGUGGGAAGUAAGAAACCCAACACAUAUUACCUUCAAGAGAUUAUUAUACAUUUUAUUUUUAAUUGGAGGAUAAAGAAUUUAAAGUUU